AACAGUCCCCAUGGGCUUCCAGGGGCCAUGGCUGCACACUUGUCUCCUCUGGGCCACAAUGGCCAUCCUGCUGGUCCCUCCAGGGGUGGCCCAGGAGCUGAGAGGGGCUGGGCUGGGCCUCGGCAACUGGAACAACAAUGCGGGUAUUCCUGGGUCCUCAGAGGACCUGUCAACUGAGUUUGGCCACCACAUUCACCAGGGCUACCAAGGUGAGAAGGACAGAGACAGCACAGAAGAGGGUGGAGACUUCUCCAGGGAAUACGGCCACCGGGUUCAAGACCACAGGUACCCUGGCCACGAGGCUGGGGAGGACAAUGUCUCUGGAGAGGUCUUCAGAGGGCACGUUAGCCAGGCCCGUGGGCACCAGGGACAUAACAUUGACGAUUUAGGGGACUCUGCAGAGAACCACUUCCCCAGACAGAGGAGCCACAGCCAUGAAGACGAGGCUGGCACUGUCUCCAGUGAGUAUCACCGUCACGUCCCCAGACAUGUCCACCAUGGCCACGGAGAGGAAGAUGAGGAUGGAGGAGAGGAGGAGGAGGAGAGGGGGGGUCUGAUGGAGGACUCUGAUGAUAAGCGCCAGGCUCAUGGUCACCAGAGCCCCUCAGAGGACAGAGACGGACUCCAUCACAGCCACAGGCACCCAGGCCACAGUGAUGAAGAUGAAGAUGAUGACAAUGGUGUCUCCACUGAGCACGGACACCAAGCUCACAGACAUCAGGACCACGAGGAGGAAGAGGAUGGGGACUCCGGUGAAGACAGUCACGCCCACAGAGUUCAAGACCAGGAAGACGAAAACGAUGAUGAGGAGGGUGACUCUGGUGAACAUGGACACCAGACCCAGGACCACCAAGGCCACAAAAAGGAACAAGAUGAUGAUGAUGAUGAUGAUGAUGAUGAUGAAGAUGAUGAAGACUCCACUGAGCACAGGCACCAGACCCAAGGCCACAGGAAGGAAGAAGAUGAGGGCGAGUCAGAUGAAGAUGAUCAUCCUGUCUCCAGGCAUGGACACCGAGGCCAUGAAGAUGAUGAUGAUGACGAUGAUGAGGAUGGUGACGAUGACUCUACUGAACAUGUGCACGAAGCCCACGGACACAGAGGCCAUGAGAAGGAAGAUGACUCAGAAGAAGACUACCACCAUGUCCCCAGCCAUGGCCACCAAAGCCACCAAAACGAGGAAGAAGAAGAUGAGGUCGCAUCCACUGAACACUGGCGCCAGUCUCCCAGACAUGCUCACCAUGGUCUUGGACGCGAGAGUCAAGAAGAAGCAACAGUCAAGUAUAGCCACCGACCCCAAGGCCAUCACGGUGACGAGGAGGAGGACUCUUUAGAAGAAUAUAUGAAUGAAAUCCCAGGCCACCACCACCACCACAGAGUCUCCAGGGAGGGUGAUGAAGACAUUUCUACUGAGUUUGGCCACAAGGACCCCGGCCACAGGCUACGAGAUCAAGAUCAGAGGGCCAGGCAGGGUCACAGAGAACCCAUCCAGGGAGGGAUUGGUCAUCAGCCCCUGCAGGCCACCGGGCCCGGUGCGGGAGAAUCAAGGAAGGAAGAUGACCAGAGCUCUCAAGAGGGCGAUGAAGAGCCGGAGCAGAGAGAAGCCCAUAGUGAGGAGGAGGAGGAAGAGGAGGAGGAGGAAGAGGAGGAGGGGGAAGAGGAGGGCCAUGGCCUCCCCGUGAGCCAGGAAGAUGAAGAAGAGGAAGAAAAAGAUAAGAAAGAGAGCAAGGUAGACAGGGCAGCAGUUUCCACUCCACUGAGCCAUCACAGGAAGCAGGAGGAGGAGGAGGGAGAGGAGGAGGGAGAGAUCCUGGAGGAAAACCUGCUACCUUUCACCAUUAUCCCAAACCCAUUGGCUGGGAGGGAGGUGGCCAGAGAAGAUUCCAGUGAGGAGGAGAGCCAUGAGGUCACAGGUCAGCAGGAUGUCCAGGAGUAUGACAAUUACCAGCCAGGGUCCUUGUGUGGUUAUUGCUCUUUCUGCAAUCGAUGUACUGAAUGUGAAAGCUGUCACUGUGAUGAGGAGAACAUGGGGGAGCACUGUGACCAGUGUCAGCACUGCCAAUUCUGCUACCUCUGCCCGCUGGUCUGUGACACGCUCUGCACUCCAGGAAGCUACGUGGACUAUUUCUCCUCCUCUCUCUAUCAAGCCCUGGCUGACAUGCUGGAGACUCCGGAGCCCUGACCUGGCCGCCUGGCAAGAACUGCAUCUAUUUCUCUGAAUAAAUGUGCUCCUAGAAA